CUGAGUGGGAGAGAGAGCUUUGUGGUUGUGGAAGGGAAGUGUGUGUGUGUACUUUCUCCUCCUCCUCCUCCUCCUCCUCCUUAAUGCUGAGGGAAGGAAGGGAAGGAGGGUCACAAGAGAGAGAGCCAUGGCGAGGCCUUCCCAGCCCACCCGCUUCGCCCUGGCGCUUGCGGGGCUCCUGCUUUGCCUCCUGGGGAGGAACCAGCACUACGGCGCCCACGCUAGGCCUCAGGCGGCGGCCUCGAGUGUGGGCCAGUUCUGGCAUAUCACUGAUUUACACUUGGACCCCUCCUACCACAUCACAACUAAUCGCACUGGGGUUUGUGCCUCUUCCAAAGGAAUGAACACCUCCAACCCUGGCCUGUUUGGAGAUUUUAUGUGUGAUUCUCCAUAUCGACUUAUUUUAUCAGCUUUGCAAUACAUAAAAGAUUCUGGUCAACAGGCAUCUUUCAUGAUAUGGACAGGAGACAGUCCUCCUCAUGUUCCAGUGAAAGAACUCUCCACAAAAAUUGUCAUUGAUAUUAUUGGUAACUUGACUUCUACCAUAAGAAGUUUUUUCCCAGAUCUCCAAGUUUUUCCUGCAUUGGGAAAUCAUGACUAUUGGCCACAGGAUCAGUUGCCUGUGUCUGCCAGUGAAAUUUACAGUGCUGUAGCAAAUUUCUGGAAACCUUGGCUUACUGAUGAAGCUGUCAGUACCCUCAGAAAAGGUGGCUUUUAUACACAGAUAUUUCAACCCAACACAACUACUGAGCCUCUUAGGAUAAUAAGUUUAAACACAGUUUUAUACUAUUCUCCCAACAAUGUGACUCGGAAUAUGACAGAUCCUGCAAACCAGUUUGAAUGGCUGGAACAUGUACUAGAGACAGCGCAACAGAAUAAGGAAAAGGUGUACGUUAUUGGACAUGUGCCAGUAGGCUAUCUGCCAUAUAUUCGAAAUACUACUUACAUAAGGAAACACUAUAAUGAGAGGCUGAUAGAAAUUUUUCGGAAGCACAGCAAUGUUAUUGCUGGACAGUUUUUUGGACACACUCACAGAGACAGCAUCAUGAUUCUUCUGGAUGAAAAGGGAAAACCUGUAAAUUCCUUGUUUGUAGCACCUGCUGUGACACCAGUGAAAGAUUUUUGGGAAGCAGAUACCAACAACCCUGGAGUGAGACUGUAUCAAUAUGAUCCUCCUUCCUAUAAUCUACUCGAUAUUUGGCAGUUCUAUUUGAACCUCACAGAAGCCAACAUGAAAAACGAAUCAGUAUGGAAGCUUGAAUAUGUCAUGACCAAAGCUUAUGGAAUGGAGAACUUAAUGCCAGAAAGCCUUUAUGAAAUGACAAAUAAACUGAGUGUACCACACAGCAAAUUAUUCCAAAAAUAUUACACCUAUUAUUUUGUGAGUUACGAUGAUCCGCGUUUGUUUUGUGAAAAACAUUGUAGGAUUAGUCAACUAUGUGCAAUCAAAUAUCUAGACUUUUCUUCCUAUACAGAUUGCAUUGAACAUUAAAGGCAGAUCGCAACAUGGAAAACAGGCAAUAUUUACUCUAAGGAGUGGUGUGCUCUAAACCCAUUUCAGAUAUAGCCAGUAAACUUGGAUUUAUUAGGCUGAGACCAAGUGUUGUGUCUUCAUGCUUUCCAUUGCUACUCUUUUCCCCUUCUUGUGCCAGCUUUGGUGAUUUUUUGUGCUAUAUGUAGACCACUGCCCUCUUGUUACAUUCAGACUGAUCCUGUUUAGCAUAAUAAGAUGACAUGACAGUUUCCCAUUUUAGAUGUAUGACAUAACUCUUGAUUUCAACAGAAAGAUCUUAGAAGCCUGAACUCUCUGUGCAAAAGGAGUAACAUGCAGGCACAGCAUUAAUUUUUUAUGUGAUACAUAAUAAUUUAUUAAGUCCAAUGAGUAAGACCUAAACAAAAGUCCCAAAUAAUAUUUUGGUCAUUCCUUAUGUUGUGAUGUCAAAUUAAUGAGCUAAAAAUAAGCAAAUGAAACACUGUAAGAAGAAACAGAUCACUGUAUGUAUUGCUGGUGAUGCUGGAAAAUGAAAACAGAUGCUUGUUGUUUCUUUCCAAGGGAACUUAUUUUUUGUUGUUGCUAAACAUCAGUAACUGUAAUUCAGGCAGUUAGAAAAAUUGCUGUGUGUUCUUAUAGUGUGGUUCAAGUGAUCACUGAAACAUUUGUGUUUUCACACAUGUGUACACACAUACACUGCAUUCAGAUGAGUGAAGGCGCCAGAUCCACAAACUUCAGAGACUGAGCUGUGUUUUUCUUGUCUUAAAAUUUUGGUCAAGAAUACCUAUGAGUACUUGUUGUCAUGAAAUAAUUAUUUACCUCUCUCUCCCCCUACCUCCAAACAUAUUUAUUUUGAUAAAUGACCUUUACAUGACUUAAAUUUCUUCUAGUAUGUUGUGUGAUGCUUCAUAUUUUCAUCUGUAUAUAAUGUUAUAUUACAAAUUCUCUUAGGCCCUGUUGCUGAUUAGUUGCACACUCUCAACAAACUACUUUUAGAGUUUUAAUCCUAAAUUGCUUUUCUUUUCAUGGAAUUUGUUGAUCAUUUCCAUCUCAGGAACUUGCACAAUCUUUUGUAAAGUUACAAAUAAAUCCUGUUCAUGUUAAA